AUGAAGGUCAUUUGUAUUCUUCUUGGCAUCCUUUGUGCUGUUUCUGCAGAAGAUUACCCCGAUGCAAAAAGGAACUUCACAGAAGUUUGCACAGCCCAUGGUUGGAGAGUCGAAACUCACAACGUAACAACCGCAGAUAACUAUAUUUUAACCCUUUUCCGCAUCCCAGGGGCCGCAAACCAGCCACUAAACCCUAAUAAAAAAGUCGUUUUCCUUCAGCACGGUCUUUUGGACUGCGCAGAUACUUGGAUCAUGGAUCUUCCAGAUUCCCCAGGUUUCCAAUUUGCACAAGCUGGAUAUGAUGUAUGGUUUGGCAACUCAAGAGGCAAUUACCACAGUCUUGGCCAUGUAACUUUGAAUGCGUGGAAAGACUUACAUCGUUUCCUCCAAUAGAACAUUUUAAACUAUUGAUUUAAAACAAUAAUUUAUUAAAUAAGCAUUUGCUAAUGGAUACAAGUUAGCUUACUGGAACUUCACCUGGCAGGAUAUGGCAGAUUAUGACCUACCAGCUGUAAUUCCUUACGUCCUCCAAACUACUGGACAAAAGAAACUCACCUAUAUUGGCCACUCUCAAGGAACCCUUCAAAUGUUUGCCCAUCUUUCAAGCAACCAAACCUUCAUCAACAAUAUCAACAUCUUCAUUGCUUUAGCUCCAGUAGGAACAGUCAGGCAUAUCAAAAUUGACUUCUUCUUCCUCAUCAAAAAGUUCCCACUUUUUGAUAUGAUGAACGAUCUCGGGAUUGGCUGCUUCUUACCAUAUGAUAAUGCUCCAGGACUAAAUUACGAUUUCUGUGAGCUUUUCAGUGUUGUUUGUGACUGGGUUGACUAUGCUUUGGCUGAUAUGAUUACCGGAAACGAUAACGAUAAGAUGCUUCCUACCAUUUUUGCCCAUGAAGCAGGAGGAACCAGCGUCCGCAAUAUGCAGCACUGGCAGCAAAUGACUAAUUUAUGACACCUAAUUACUACUUACAUAACUUUUAAGGUGUCUAGUGCCCACACCCCUUAAUUAAAAAGCGUCAAAGCGAGACUAGUGACGUCACCCAGCCAUCUCUAAUAUGUGGUCAGCCCACACCUAAGCCUUCUAUAAAGCUUCGUCGCCAGACAAUCGCUGCACGUCUCACCCGGCGCGUUGCCGUCGCUCUCCCUGACUCACCUCCUGCUCAUGUUCCGCCUAAGGGUCAUCCUCCCGUGGGGAUGUGCUGAGAGGUAAAACUCUGAGCCUCUUGAAUGCACUGAGGAGCCGUACCUUUGGUUAUCCCCAAAGCUAAACCGCUAUUGCUGUGCAGAAGUUCUCGAGAGAAAACCUAACCCAUAAAUAAAAUUCCAUGAGGGAGAGAAAAUUCGCAGAGCAUUUUAUCUCGGACCGAAUGCCAUUUUAUUUACAACUAUGACACCUAUAGAGUCCAAAAAUAUGACUAUGGCGAUCAUGACAAUGAAAAGAUAUAUGGGCAAAAGAAGCCUCCAGUGUACAACUUUGCUAAAAUCCCUGGACCAAUUGCACUUUUCUUUGGAAAAGAUGAUAGACUAGCUGAUCCUACUGAUGGUGCUUGGCUUAGAGGAGUUAUACCUGCAAAAUCAAUUGUCUACCAGGAAGAGACCUACAACUUUGGGCAUAUGACAUUCGUUUGGGGAAAGAACAUGACUUGGUUUAGCAACGUCAUUGCUCUUGCGAAUAAUUAUAGCUCAAAUGCUCAAGAGGAAAAUUCGAGCCCUGUUUUACUUUCGUCUUAA